AUGAAUGAGAAUAGUGAUGAAGGUAAAAUGCAAAAAGGAAAAGGAAAUGAGAUGAAUGAGGAUAAAAUUAUUUGUAAAAAAGAAGAAAGUAAUAGUAGUUCUUAUAAAUUUAUAAGUUUUAUAAAAACUAUUGAAGAUGUAAAGGAAAAAUGGAAAAGUAGUAAUUUGUCUAGGAUGGAUGUGUUAAAAUUAAAAAAUGAUGAUAUAAAUAAUGAUGAUAAUAUAAUAAAUAAUAUGAAUAAUAUCGAUAAUAUGAAUAAUAAUGAGAAACAUCCAUGUAGUAAUAAUAAUUAUUCAUUUAAUAAUCAUAUAAAAGAAAGUAUUAAUCAUAAUACAUCCAUGGGUUAUGAUAAAAACCAUAUUAUGUUAAACUUUUUAGAUAAGCAUAAAAAAAGUAUAUUUUUAAAAAGCAGAAAUAAUGUAAAUACAUUUCAAUCAGAUAUGAACAGCUCUAAAACGAGCAGUUUUUUUAGUUGUAUGUCCUUGAAGAAUAUGAAUUAUCAUAAUGAUAUAAAUAAAUAUAAUAAUUAUCGUAUGAUGAAAAACAUUAAUGGGUUACAUAAACUUCUGAUUCUUAAAAAUAAGAAUAAAGAUAAAAAACUUUUUACGAAUACUAGUGAUAAAAAAAAUUAUUAUUGCUUAAAUAAUGGUGAGCAUAUAAUAAAUGAAAAAGAUUCUUUUUCAGAUACUUAUAUUAGUUAUGGUUGUAGAAAAAGGAGAUGGAAAAAGAAAAAAAAGAAUAUAUAUAAUAUGUUAUUUUAUGAUGAAUCUAUAAAUGAUUAUUCUUAUAAGAAUCAAGAAAAAACCACUUUUAGUAAUUCUUCCAAAAUAUAUGAAUUGUUUUUUAAUAAAUAUAAAAAGAAAAAAAUAUUAAAUAUUGAAUGUAGUGGUAAUAAAUAUAAAAGAUUCUUACGAACAAACCAUUUCCCCCCCUACGCAAAUUUUAAUUUUACUAUACGAAGAAAACUACAAACAAGUAAUGUUCUUAGACAUUUUAUAAUAAACAAAUGUAACUUUAAUAGAACGAUAUGUUAUAGAAAGUAUAUAAAAUGUGUAAAUAAAUAUAAGAAUAAUAAAAGAAAUAGAGUAAUAAAUAUGUAUUUAAAGAAAGAAAAUGUGGAUUCUAUAAAAGGUACAUUUGGAAAUAUGAAUAAUGGAGUACAUAAUAAUAAUUUACGUCGAAGGUUACAUAAUAGAUCAAGAAAUAAUAAUAAUAAUAAUGAUAAUAUGUUAAAAAAGAAAAAAGAAAAAAAAAAUUAUAAGGGAUCUUUCGAUGAAAUGAUUCAAGAGGAUACUACCCUUGAUCAGGUAAAAAAAGAGUCCAUUAAGACUGUAUCUAAAAAUGAAAGGAAAAAUAAUAUGAACAAACAUUCACAUGAUAAUAAAGAGAGCAAAUUAAAUAAACGUAUGAGCAACAAACGAAGGAAUAAUAAAAAUUGUAAUCCUUCAAAUGACUUGUGUAAUGAAGAUGAUGUUAUAGAAAAGAUUUGUACAACGAAAGAGGUUAAUGAUGAUGAGAAAAAAAAAAAAUUAUCACGUCAUAAAAAGUUUGUAUGUGAAAGGAAAAAGGGAGUUAUUGUUCAAAAUAAUAAGAAAUGUAAAAAAAAAAAUGAUGAUAAUAUUAAUAAUAAUAAUAAUAAUAAUGAUGAUGAUGUGAAAAAUUGUGGUGAUAAUAUAAAUGAUCAUCAUGAUAAUAGAAAGGAUUAUGAUACAACGGAAGAUCAAAAUAAAUGUGCAAAAAUAAUGUCCAUAAAUUUUAUUAAAUGUGAUGAGAAAUUAUUUGAAAAAAUAUACAAUGAUAUGUUUUUACGAAUUGGUAAGAUUGUUACAAAUAAAAGGAAGAAAUAUUUUUUAAUAUAUAAAAUUGUAAAAGAUUCUUUUUUCCGUAUUUUAAUAUUAAAUACAGAAAAGUUAGAAAAAAACAUCUUACAGGUUAUGGCUGUUCAAGAUGUUAUAUUGUGUGAUAAGAACGUGAAGAUAUAUAGUGACCCCAUAUAUAUAAGAAAUAAUAAUAAGUUGUAUGCUAUAAAGUUUUUAAAGAUUUUUUCUUUAAAAUAUAUGAAGAAGGUAAAAAAUAUGAGUGAAGUGAAUUUUUCAGAUGAUGAUGAAUGUAAAAAGGAGAAUAAGGAUAAUAUCUCAGAAUCUUCUAAGAGGAGCAAUAAUAAAGGUGAUAAAAAAAUGUCACAUGUAGAGAAAUCAGAAGAGCAGGAUGAUAUUACAAGUGAUAGUAAUAAAGAGGAUAACAAAAUUGAAGAAGGAAGGAAAAAAUCAAAUGAAGUUAAUAUUGAUAUGGACGAUAGAGAGGAAGAACAAAGUGUUAAUAAUAAUAAUAAUGAAAAUAAUGAUAAUGAUAAUAGUAGUGAUAAUAAUAAUAAUAAUAAUAAUAAUAAUAAUGGUAGUAAUGAUACCGACUCAUGCUCCAAAAUUAAUAAAUCUAAAUAUAAGGGUAAAGAAAAAAAAGACGUUAAAGAGGAUACUGAUGAUAAAAAUCUAAGCGAUAGUAACUCUAACAAUAGCAAAAAGAAAUUUAAAGUAUUAAAUAAAGCUAUUAAAAAAGAUAAUGAUAAAAAGAAGAAAUAUGAAAAAAAGAAUAUUGAGGGUAACAACAAUAAUAAUAUGAUUCUUGUUCGUAGUAAUAGUAGUAGUACUAGUACUAGUAAUAGUAGCAGUAAAAGUAAAAGUAGUAAUUGUAGGAAUAAGAAGAAUAAUAAAAUAUCGAUUUGUUCGAAAAAGGAUGAAAAGAAUUCACUACAAAAGAAGAAGGAUAUAAAGAAAAAAAAUAAAACGUGUAAUGAGGGGAAAAGUAAAAAGGAUUCAACAAAAUUAAAUUGUGUAAAAAAAGUGAAAAAUAAAAGUACAGAUAAAAAGAAUGGGAAAUCAAAAUUAAAUAUAAAAAAUGAAAAAAAAAAGAAAAUUAAUAAUAGUAAAAUUAAUAAGGGAAGAAAAAGUAUAAAUAAAAAGGAUAAAGGAAAAGGAGAUGAUAAUAAUUAUGUAUGUCUUAUAUAUGAUGAUGAGAAAAAGUUUUAUUUUAAUUUUAAAAAAUUUAAAGAUAUAAUAAAUGUUAUAAAAGGUUCUGAUGAAAGCACAAGAUUUUAUGUAGAUACAAAUAAUAAUCAUAAUAAUAAUAUGAAGAAAAAAAUGAAAUUAUUUAAAAAGGUUGAAAAGUCUUUAUAUUUAGAAAAUUUAGAUAUAGAUACAGAUGAAAUAUUAUUUAGAAGACCAAAAUUUUUUAAUUGUAUUAUUGAAGAAUCUUUUGAUAAUUAUGAUAUUAACUAUGAAGGUGAAGAUGGUAAUUUUUAUGUUUUUAAAAAUAAAUUAAAUAAAAUAAGAAAGAAAGUUACUAUUAAAAAUGGAACGGAUAGUUCUGAUAUGUAUAUAGAAUUAAAGGAUGAAGAGAAGGGAUUUAAAUAUAUAGGUUAUCGUGUGAGUUUUGAAUUAAAAAAAGAUAAUAAGAAAAAAGCACAAGUAAAAGUUGGUAUUAUAAAAUAUUAUUCUCCUAAGUAUAAACAAUUUUUUAUACAUCAUUUGGAGAAUUACAAAUUAUAUCAAACAAGUGAUUUGAGCAAAGGUAAUAAUAAUAAUAAUAAUAAUGUGAAAGAGAAUGAAUUUGUUAAAUGUGGGAGGAAUUCAUAUAGUCGUGCGUGUAGUAAAUCAUUAAAUUCGAGUAUAUAUAUAAAUAAAUAUAAAAAUGUUGAAUUGAAUGAAAAGAUAACUAAUAUAAUUGAUGGUGGUGAUAAUAAUAAUAAUAAUAAUAUUAAUAAUAUUAAUAGUAGUUGUAUUUAUAAGAACAAUUUUAGUAAUGAAAAUAAUUUAUGUCCAGAUAAAGUCUUAUGUGAAGGUAAUUAUAACAUGUUGGAAAAUGAUGUUGAUGAAAUGAAUAAUGUGGAUCAAAAUGAGAAAAAAAGAAAUGACCUUGUUUUUUCUGAUGUAAAAGGAUGGUAUUCACCAUAUUUUUAUAAUAUUAAGAUAUUAAAUAAUUAUAAAGAAUUUGAAAGAUUCGACAUUUUAGAAAAGUGUGAUAAGAAAAAAGAAAUGACUGAUCAUGUUAAUAAUACUUUAAAUAAAAAUGAAAUUUGUAGUAUUUGUUCAAAACGAAUAUUAUUUAUGAAAGGUCAUGAUCAUUAUAGUUGUAGUUUAUCAAGUGCUAUAUAUGACAUGUGUUCAGAAGCAGAAAAAAAAGAAAUCGAUGAAAAUAAUUGUAUAGAUAUAUAUUGGGGUAUUAAAUGUUUUACAUGUGAAAAGAAAUAUCAUGCAAAUUGUUUAGAAGAUGAAGUAUUAAUUACGAAAUGGUUUGAUAAAAAUAUUUUGAUGAAGGAAUAUAAAAAAUUUAUAUACAAGAAUAGUUUGAAGAAAGAAAAGAGAUACUUUAAUAACAAUGGGAAAAAUAAACGUACCAAGAAUGGAAAGAAGAAAAAAAAUACAAUUCAAAAAUUGGAAGAUAAAAAUAAUUCUCAUGUGGUUAGUACAGCUAGUAAUUCUCAUUCGAUAGAAGUGUCUUCUAGCGAAUCUGCAAAAAAAGGAAAUGAAAAAAAUACAACAACUUGUAAGAAGCGUAAAACGAGUUGUUCAGCAUUGUAUAAAAAGGUGAAAAAGGGAAAGAAUAAAAAGGAUGAUAUUAAAAAUGGUGAGAAUAAAAAGGAUGAUAUUAAAAAUGGUGAGAAUAAAAUGGAUGAUAUUAAAAAUGGUGAGAAUAAAAUGGAUGAUAUUAAAAAUGGUGAGAAUAAAAAGGAUGAUAUUAAAAAUGAUGAUGACAAAAAUGAUGAUGACAAAAAUGAUGAUGACAAAAAUGAUGAUGACAAAAAUGAUGACAAAAAUGAUGGCGAUAAUAAUAAUGAAGAAAAUACCAAGGAAUAUAAAAAUGAAUCGAAUAUUAUCGAUAAUAACAAUAGUAGCAAUGAUAAUUUGAGUGAUGUAGAUAAUAAUAAAGAUAAUGGAAAAAGUAAAAACAAGAAAUAUCGGAGAUGUAUUAAUUAUAUACCAUCGGUUGAAUAUAGUGAUAUUACUUAUAAGAAAUUUAUUUGUAAAGAUUGUUAUCGUUGUAUAUAUUGUUGUGAAAGUAUUUAUGAUUAUAAACAAACACCGAAUGUUGCUAAUUAUGUAAUAUGUAAGAAUUGUAAUAUGGUAGCUCAUGGUUCAUGUUGUUUUCCAAAUGUUCCUGAUAUAUAUUUAUUUAAUUGGAAAUGUGAUGAUUGUUUAAAAUGUAAUAAAUGUAAUUACUCUAACUUAUGUUAUAUUAAUUAUAAUGAAUGGGAAUUACAUUUAGAUUGUUGUAUUAAUUGUUAUAAAGAAUAUGAGAAGAAAAAUUUUUGUAUAAUGUGUAAUGAGAAAUAUGAUGAAGAUGAUAGUAAAAAAUGGGUUCAAUGUGAUGUAUGUAAAUUUUGGAUUCAUUUAAGUUGUGAUAAAAAUGAAAGUCGAAAUAUUGAAACGUUGUCUAAUAAGAAUAUUGAUUAUAAAUGUCCAACAUGUAGUAUAGGUACAUUUCAUGAUAAAAUUGAGCGUAUAUUAUAUUUAUUAUUUUUAUUAGAUAAAUAUAAGAAUUUCACAUUUCAUGUUCCAAUUAAUUAUUCUAUAUAUUGGAGGAUUGUGAAGAUACCUAUGAAUUUAUAUAUAAUGAAAAAAAAAAUAUGGGAAAAAAAAUAUGAUACCAUAUUAGAUUUUUUAUAUGAUUUUAUGUUAAUUAUACAUAAUGCAAAAAUGGUACAUAUGCCUAAUACUCCAAUAUAUAAAAAUGCGUGUAUUUUUGAGAAGAAGGGUAGGGUUAUAAUAAAAAAUAUGUUUAAUAUGACGAAUGAGUAUUUGAAUAAAUGUAUUGAAGAUUGUGUGGAGAAUUAUAAAAAUGAAAUUAAUAAUUUGGAUUCUUUUCAAAUUGGUCACGAUAAUAAUAAUAAUGAUAAUAAUAAUAAUAAUAAUAUUAAUAAUAAUAAUAAUAACAAAAUGGAAUGUGUAAAUAGCGAGAGUGUCAUAUUUAUGAAUGAUGGGUGUAAUAAUAAAUUGUAUAACAAAGAAAGAACAAAUAUCACAUGUGUAAAUAUGGAUAGUAUAAAUAAAAAGGUAAAUGAUAUGAACAAUAAUAAUAAUAAUAAUAAUUAUAAAAUGGAAGCUUUUUCUGGGCAAAAUAAUAUAAAAUUAAAUGAGUAUUAUAUAAAUAAAGAAGGAUAUAAUAUAAUUUCAAAUGAUAAUAAUAUGAACUAUGAUAAUUAUAACAAUGUUCAUAAUAUUGGAAUAAAAAAAAUGUAUACAAAUAUAAAUGAUUAUAAUUCUUCAAAUAUACCAAAUGAAUCCCUAUAUAAUAAAGAGAAUUUUAUAAAUAACUCAAGUAUAUAUAAUAUAAAUGAAAGUAAUACGUAUGAUUUAAAUUGUGAUAAAAAAUUAAUAGUUGAUAAUAAAUAUAAUGUAUCAGCAUAUCAAAAUGAAGGAGAUAUAAUGAAUUAUAAUGGUAUGUAUCAAAAGAAUAUACAUAUAUCUAAUACGCCAUAUAAUAAUAAUAAUAAUAAUAAUAUGGUUAAAGAAGGAGAAAAAUAUAUAUUAAAUAAUGAUGAUAUGAAUAAUAUUAGUAUUUCAAAAGAUAAUGAUAUAAAUAAUAAUUGUAAUAAUAUUGUGAAUAUUUAUAGAAAGCGUAAACUAGAACAAUAUAAAAAGGAUAUUACACAAUAUGAAUUAUAUGAGUUAUUUGAUUUUAAAAAUGAUUCUUUUUUUAUUAAUAGGAAUAAGGAAAUGUUUUCUUGUUCUUCAAAUGAUCAUAAUUUAAUUGAUUAUAAUAUCUUAUAUGUGAAGUUGAAUGGUAAAAUAUAUUUUAAUACAUUUUAUGAUAAGCAUGAUGAAUUUGAUGUAUGUAAAAUACUCAAAGUUCAUUUUUUGAAAAAUAACAAGAGAGGUAGCAACCAUAUUAUGAGCCCUAAGAUACGAAAUAAUGAGAAUUUAAAAGAGGAUGUUACACAAUAUGAUGAGGAGAAAAUAGAACAGAAUAAUGAUAAUAACUGUGAUGAUGAAUAUAAUAAUAAUAAUAAUAAUAAUAGUGGUAGUAGUAUUAUUAGUAGUAAUAAGAUACAUAUGAAUGAUACUUAUAAUAAUAAUUCUAUUUACGAUAAUUCACGUAGCGAUAAUAAUAAUUGUAGUGUUUUUAUAAAUAGUAACAUAUUUAUGAUUGAUGUGCUAAAUGAAAAGGUAAAAAUUAAUAAUAUUGUUAAAGAAACAAAACGAAUUAUAAGUCCUAUUAAUAAUGUUUUAAAAUUUUUAAAGUGUAUACAAGUAGUUUUUUUUUAUGAUAAUAAUACCAAUGAAUGUACAGAAAAAGAAAUGAAUGUAAUAUCAUCUAAUUUGUGUAAUAAUAAUUUUGAAAAGUAUGUAAAUAUAAAUAGCAUUGAUCAUAAUAAUAAGAGUGGAGAAAAGAAGAGGAAAAGUGUUGAAGAAAUUAUAUCAUUAGUAGAUAAUAGAAGUUACCAUGGAUUUAGUAAAGGUUCAGAAUAUAUGUUAUAUUCUUCAAAUCAGUAUGAUAGAGAUAAAAGGAAAGAGAAUAAAAGAAUAAAAUUAUUAAAGAAUGAUAUAUUAAAAGAAUGUUGUUAUAUAUGUGGAUCUAUAGAAUAUAAAAAUAAUUUUAUUUAUUGUUCUAUUUGUGGUAUAUCAGUGCAUUAUUCAUGUGCCAAUAUUGUGCAUCCGUUUUUAUUUAAUUUGAAUGAUUAUAAGGAUCAUAAAAAAGAAAUAAAUCAUAUAUUAAAUAUUAUUACAAGAAAUUUUAAAUGUGAUAAUUGUAUAAAGUGUGAUAAUUGUUUAUUACAUUUUGAUUCAUCCUUGAAACAUAAUUUGUUUUUUAAAUUAAAAAACUUGAACGUUUCUUGUAAUAAGAAUAUGAUGGAGAGAAGAACAUAUAAUUAUCUUUAUGAUGUAAAAAUAAAAGUUUUUACUACAAAUAAGGAAGGUACUAAGCAAACAGGGAAAUGUGUAAUGAAGACAAAGGAAAACGAUAUUAUAAAAUUGAACGAAGAGAAUAAACAGAAGGAUGAAAUGAAUGAAGCGAAUAAGGAAUGUUUUUAUAAACAAGAUGAUGUUCAUGUUGAAAAAAAUUGUAAUGAAUUAUUAUAUAAAAAUUGUUUUAAUUUUGAAGAGUGUAAUAAGAAUGAAAAAAAAAAAAAUGAUAAUAAUGUUGACGAGAAUGAUGAUAAUGUUGACGAGAAUGAUGAUAAUGCUGACGAGAAUAAUGAUAAUGUUGACAAUAAUAAUGACAAUGUUGACGAGAAUAAUGAUAAUGUUGACGAGAAUAAUGAUAAUGUUGACGAGAAUAAUGAUAAUGUUGACGAGAAUAAUGAUAAUGGUGACGAUAAUAAUGAUAAUGUUGACGAGAAUAAUGAUAAUGGUGACGAGAAUAAUAACAAUACUUUAGUUGAUGGUGACAUGAACAAAUUAGAAAAUGAUCUAAAGAUCUCAAAUGAUUUAUCCAUAAAUGAAGAAAAAAAAAACAACAAAGAUACCAAAAAAUAUGUGAUAAGUAGUAAGGAUGAAAUAAAUAAAGAAAUAGAAAACGUCAGUAAUCAAAUGGAUAAUAAAAAUAAUGAUUUAGAUAAUAAAAAUAAUGAUGUAGAUAAUAAAAAUAAUGAUGUAGAUAAUAAAAAUAAUGAUGUAGAUAAUAAAAAUAAUGAUGUAGAUAAAAAAAAUAAUGAUGUAGAUAAUAAAAAUAAUGAUGUAGAUAAUAAAAAUAAUGAUGUAGAUAAUAAAAAUAUUUCGAAUGAAGAAAUAAUUUUAGAUAAUACCAAAAAUAGUCAUGAUAACGACUAUAAUGUUUUAUAUAAUGAGUCAGUCAAAAAAUCUUUUAAUGCUUGUAAGAUAGAAAAAAAAGAAGGUAUUGAAAAAGAUGAUAACUUAGGACAUGUGAAUAAGUUAAGAAAUAAAAGAUUAAUAAAGAUUUUAAGUAUACGUGAGGAAGGAAAUAAAUUAGUAAAAUGCUUUUGUUGUGGAAAACCAUCACAUGAUGAAUGUUUUUAUAUAAUUGAUAAUAAUACAUAUAAAAAUAAAAUAUGUACAUUAAAAAAAACAGUUAAGAAUUAUGUAAGAAAAAAGAAUGUGGAAAAUAAAUGUAAUACGAAAGUAGAAAUGAAUUCAGAUAUAAUAUUAUUAGAUGAUAAUAUAAAGGAUCAUUGUAGUGUGAACAAAACCGGUGAUGAACAUAUGAACAAUAAUGAAUUUAUUGAUAUUUCAAAGGAUAAAAUUUCUGAACAUAAUAUUUUAGAUGAAUCAUUUAAUAGUGGUGUGGUAUGUAGUGAUAAGAACAGGCAAGAUCAAGUUAUUUUUAUAGAUGGAAAUGUUAAAAAUAAUGACAUUUCCCUUAUUGAAGAGAAUGUAACGUAUUAUACUUCAAAGGAGGUUAAUAAUAAUAAUGUAUUGAAAAAUGAGAGGGAUGUUGAAUGUACAAGUGAGUUAUAUAUAGGAGGGGACAAGAAUGCAUAUAAUAAAUUGGAAAUAGAUAAUGUAAAAAUGGAGAAUAAUAAUAAUAAUAAUAAUAAUAAUAAUAAUAGUAAUAGUAAUAAUAGUAGUAGCGAUUGUAAUAAUAAUGUGAGUACUCCAAGUACUGCUGCCGUUAAUACCAUGAACAGAAUUCAUAAGAGCCCCCAGAAGAAUGAUAAUGAUAUGAAUAAAAUAAAUGAAGAUGAUAUUAUUCAUACAAAGACGAAUGAUAAGAAGAACGUAAAAGAUGAUAAUGGAAAUAUAAGGAAUCUUAAUAAUAAUAUUGAUAAGAAUGAUCGUAAUUUAGAUACCAUUUUAAAAGAACAUUCUGUUAUUAUGCAGAAAUUAGAUGAGCUUAAAGAAAAUAGAAAUAAAGAACAUGAUGAUGAGUUUUGUAACAAUCUUAUUUUAAAUAAUCAGUUUCUUAUUCAUUCUUUUAAAGUAGAAGAGGGUGUUGAAAUAAAUAAGGAUAGUAUUAUUAUAAAUAAGAAAAUGUUUAAUAAAUAUAUAUUAAAUAAAAUAUAUGAAUUAUUAGAUAAUAAGAAAAGAGUACGAAUAAAAGAUUUAUUCAAUUUAUUUAAUUUAGAUGAAUUUCGUUGUAGUUUUAUUUUAUAUGAAGUUUUAAAUGCUUUGAAUACUUAUCUGAAUGAAAAAUUAAAAGAAUAUAAUUUGACAAAGAUUCGAAAUGGUACAUAUAAAAAAUAUGAAAAUGAGAUAAGGAAUGAAAAUUUUUGUUUAUUUAAUAAAUAUUUAAUAGUAAAUAAUCGAGAUAAAAUUAAUAUUACAAAGGUUGUAUUAAAAAUACAAUCUUUGAUUACUGAGAUUUUGUCUGAUGCUAUGAAUGGAAAUAUAGUAGAUGAAAAAGAUAAGAGUAAAAAAAAGGAAGUCAUAUCAUCAGAUUUUAAUGUAAUAAAUAAUGUAAAGGAAUAUAAUAUACAUAAUGGAUGUAUUAAUAUAGAUAUAAAUAAUUAUUUUAAAGGUGAGUAUAUUAAUUUCAAACCUAUUCUUUGUAGUUCUCAAUUUAAUUUGGAUACGAAUGCACAAAUUUUUUUACAAAAUAAGGCAAACUUAUCUAUGUUUCAAAAAAGUGCAUCAUAUAAUAAUAAUUUUGAAAAUAAUAUUGUGAAUAAUAAUAUGAGCAAUAUGAACAAUAAUAUGAACAAUAAUAUGAACAAUAAUAUGAACAAUAAUAUGAAUAAUAAUAUGAAUAAUAAUAUGAAUAAUAAUAUGAACAAUAUUAUAAAUAACAAUAACAUAUUUAAUAAUGAUAUAUCAAAUAAUGUAGAUAUGCAUCACAAGAGUGAUCAGAUUUGUAUAUUCAAUUCAAAUAAUAUCCACAGUGUACCAAUAUUUAAUAAUAAACCAUAUAUGGAUAAUAAUUUUAAUAAUAUGGUACUUGUAAAUAAAUCAAAUGAUAUAAAUGGUGAUGAUAUCUUAUGUAAUAUGAAGAAUUUAUAUAAUAGAAAUGUGUGUAAUAAACAAGAAAAGAAUGGUUAUUCUGUUGUUCAUAAAAAUAUAUGUGAUAUUAAUUUUCGUUAUAAUGAUACAAAAAUAUGGAAUGGUGAUAUUAUAAAUAAAAGUAAAACAUAUACAUAUACUAAUGUAAAUAAUAAUGGCAGUGUAAUCGAUUAUAGAAAAUGGUCUUCUGUUAAUAGAUCUGUUAGUAUGAAUAAUAUGAAUAAUAUGAAUAAUAUGAAUAACAUGAAUAAUAUGAAUAAUAUGAAUAAUAUGAAUAAUAUGAAUAAUAUGAAUAAUAUGAAUAAUAUAAAUAAUAUAAAUAAUAUGAAUAAUAUAAAUAAUAUGAAUAAUAUGAAUUAUAUUAGGAGUAAUACUAAUCCUAGGAUUUUAUCAGGUACUGAUCAUAUAUUAAAAAAUAAUCAUAUGAAUAAAACAAACAAUGUGAAUAAUACAAAUAAUGUGUCAUGUUUUAUGAUGAGAAGAAAAAUUCGAAGUAAUAGUUUACAUGAUAUGAAAGAUAAAAUCAAUAAAAUGAAUGAUAACAUUAACAUAAAUAUAAAUAAUCUUAAUAUUAUUAAUAAUAAUAUUAACAUAUGUAAUAUGAACUAUCCUAUUGAUGGUGUUGAUUCUAUGAAUAAUACUUUCAAUAGAAAUAAUAUUAUAAUUUCACAAAAUACAAAAGAAAACACAAAUAUUUUAAACUUUAAUAGAAAUGAUUUAUGUAAUAAUAAUAAUAAUAAUAAUAAUAAUAUUAAUAAGGAAAAUAAUUUUGGUACCUCCAAUUUUAAUAGUUCCUUUCAUGUGGGUAAUUUUGCAAAAUCUUAUAGUUAUAAUAAUACAAUGAACGAGAAAAAUACGAAUGAAGUGAUAUGUCCGAAUGUAUUAAACAAUAUGAACAAUAUGAACAGUAUUAAUAAUGUUAUAUCUUAUAGUUGUACGAACCCUAAUAUGAAGGAUAUAAAUUUUAAUAGUAUGAGGAGGAGUAGUAGUACUCCUAAAAAAGGUACUGGCCUGUUAAAAAAUUAUUUUAAUAUAGAUAUUGAUCAAUAUAAUAAAACAAACUCACAUAUAAUGAAUUAUAAUGUAUCAAUAAGUAAUGAUAUGAAUAAUAUGUAUAUUAAUAAUAAUAAUAAUAAUGACAAUAAUAAUAAUAAUAAUAAUAAUGACAAUAAUAAUAAUGAUAAUAAUAAUAAUAAUAAUAAUAAUAAAAAUAAUAAUAAUAAUAAUAAUAAUAGUUGUAACAAUUUUAUUAAUAAUGAUGUGAUUAAUAUGAAUAAUGUUGCAACCUUUUAUAAUUUUAACCCAAAUGAUGAAAGUUAUAAUAACAUAAGUAAUAAUAUUAAAUGUUCUAAUAUAAAUAAUAUUAUUAUUAAUAAUAAUAUGAAUGUGAAUAAUUUAAAUUAUUUUUGUAAUAAUAAAGAAGUUGGACUUAAAGAAAAUGAUUUGAAUAUAAAUCAAAAAGUACAUACUAUAAAUAAAGAUCAGCAUGAGAUGAAUUAUUCUAAAAUGUAUGUGACAUUUCCAUAUUGUAAUACAAAGGAUAAUAAUUCUAAUAAAUCUUCAUUGAAAAGUAAUGUAUUAAAGUUAGAUAAAAUACGAAACAGGAAUAUAAAGAAACCAGUAUUAUAUAAUAGAAGUAGUAGUAUGCAUUCUUCUGAUAAUCUUAUAUAUAAUGUUCAUAAUAAUAAUAGAAAUAGUCCUGCGGAAUUUACAUCUGAUAUUUUAAUUAAUAAAGAAAGAAAUAUGGAAAAUAAUUAUAAUACAUCAAUAAAUUAUUUAAAUAACAAUAUAACAAAUAAUAUUAUAGUAUCUAAUAAUAAUUGUUAUCAUACUCCAAAUAAUUUUAUUCAAAUCAAUUAUAGCCCUUCAUCGAAUACAGUAAAUAUUAAUAAAGAUAGUUAUAAAUGUGAUAUAUCAUUAGAAAAUUGUGUUGAUUUGUGUAGUACGAAUAUGUGUAUGUAUAAUUUGAAUAAUAUACAUAAUAAGGAUAUAAAUAAUAUGCCUUUUGAGAAUUGUUCUUCCCAUAUUGGAAGUUGCCCAAACGAACAAAAUGAAAAUGAGGAUGAAAUCAAUGAGGAUAAUAAAAAAGACGUAACAAAACAACAAAAAAAAAGAAAAUUAAAUAGUGUAUCUAAGAAGGAUAUGUUAAUCAAAAAAGAAAUGAAUGGUGACGACAACAUAAAUUGUAAGGAAAACGCCUUACAAAAUGAAAGUCCAAAAAAGGAUGACGAGCUAAGAGAAAAUGAUCUUAAAACAACAACAGAGAAUAUAAAAUCAAAUGAAGUGGAAGAUAAAGAAUUUGUGGAUAAAAAAAAAAAAAGAAAAUUAAGUGUUAAGGUUAAGGUUAAUGUUAAUGUUAAGGUGGAAGUGCAGGAUACAGAAAAUGACGAGAAUAAAGAAAAAGGAAUAAAAAAGGAAAAAAAUGAUGAAGAAAAAAAAAAUGAUGAAGAAAAAAAAAAUGAUGAAGAAAAAAAAAAUGAUGAAGAAAAAAAAAAUGAUGAUGAAAAAAAAAAUGAUGAUGAAAAAAAAAAGGAUGAUGAAAAAAAAAAGGAUGAAGAAAAAAAAAAGGAUGAAGAAAAAAAAAAGGAUGAAGAAAAAAAAAAGGAUGAUGAAAAAAAUGAAAAGAAAAAGAAAGAAAAUAAAAAGGGUAGAGAAAAAAGUGUAAAGGUAAGAAAGACAAAAAAUCAAACGCAAGUGGAAAGAGAGAAUGAAAAAGAAAAUUUAAAGGAGAAUGUAACAAAUGACAAAACAAGUGAUAUAAUUAAUGACAAAAUAUAUGACAAUACAAAUGAUUAUUUAUCCUUAGUUCAAAAUAACAAGCCUGCUAUUCAUAUUGACUGCAAUAGAUCCUUGGAUAUAACAGAUGGAUAUAAUAAUUUAAUUGGUUGUGAAGGAAGAAAAAAAGGAAAAUAUGAUAUUGAAGAAAAUAAUAUAAAUGAUGAUAAGAUGUUUCAAUAUUCAGACGCAUUUGAUUCUGAAGGAAGCAUAAAAUAUAAAGAGGAAUAUGAUAAAAUAUAUAUACCGAACAAUAAAAAUAAAAUUAGUAAUAUAAAUAAUUUUUUAAUAAAAAACAAUUUGCAGUUGAAAUCCAAAUUUAUGAGAAUAACUCCUAAUACUUAUUUAUGUCGUAAUUGUGUCCUGUUAUAUCAAAAUGAUUUUUCUUAUAAUACAUAUGAAGAAGAAAUUAAUAAAAUGGAAAGAAGCAUUUUGAAUGAAUAUGAAAAGGGUGCUAUAAAAAAGAAUGAAUAUGUUCAUGAUACAAUUCAGAAUGACAAGGUGGUAAAUACUGAUGAAAAUAUUAUGAGGAAUGUUUUAUUAGAUAAGGUUGAUGAUAUGAAGAUUGUUGAAAAGUUGAAUUGCCCAUUGAAUGUGGAUGAAAAAGGGAUUGAAGAAAAUAUAAUUUAUGUAAAAAGAGAAGGAGAUGAACUAAUUAAUUAUGGAAAACAUAAUGACCAAAUGAAAGAAGAAGAGGAGGAAGAAGUCGUAUUAGAUGAUGUUGAUUUGAAAAACGAAAAGAAAGAUAAUCUUAUUUUACCAUAUGAAGAAAAAUACACAGGAGUAAAUAAUAAUAAUUCUUGUAUUAUUAUGUCAUCAAAAAAAUGUGAUAAAAAUAUAACAAAAAAAAAAGGUAAAGAUAAAAACUUUAAUAAUAUAAAGUAUUUCAAAAUUGAUAAUAAUAAAUCCUUGUGGUACGAAAAUUAUAUGUAUUGGAUGAAUAAAAUAUCAUUAUAUAAUAACUUAUUUUUUACAAAUAUGUAUUAUAAAGAGAAUGUAAUUAAAUGUAUAGAUAUGAAUAAUUUAUUUGUGAAUAAAAUGAAUAUAUAUAAAUGUUCUAUUUGUUGUAUGCUUUAUCAUUGUAGUAACAUGGAUAGGAAUAAUUUCUUUAUUAAGAAUGAAGAUAAGAUGAGAAAAAAAACGAAAAAGAAUGAUUGUUUGAAAUUAUUAUAUAUUUGUAAUUUGUGUAGUAUAAAAUAUGAUUAUGUUUUGAAAAUAAUAACAUAUAAAGAAAAUAAUAAAUGUUGGAAUGAAUUUUAUACAGAUAAUUAUUAUAAAAAUAAUUUCUAUGAACUUGUAUAUUUUAUUAUUAAAAUAAUAUAUAAGAAUAUUUAUAUAAAUAAUUUUUUUAAUAUAUUUUGUUCCAUAAUUGAUACUAUAUUUAAAGAAUAUAAAACACUAAAUAUGAAAUGGUUGAGUCUUUUCCUUUUUUCAAAUAAAUAUUUUAAGUAUGAAGAAUUUUAUUAUUUUUUUAAUAACAAAAUGAAGAAGGAUGAUAAAGUAUUUAAAAAAACAUUUCAUAUGAAAAAUGUAUGUUUUAUGCCUAGAUAUUCGAAGAAACGUAUUAUGUAUUAUAUAUUCAGUUUAUUUUAUAAUAAAAUAUAUAAUAUAAAGAAGAAACGAACAUAUAUACAUAACAAACGAACAUAUAUACAUAACAAACGGACAUAUAUACAUAACAAUCGAACAUAUAUACAUAACAAACGGACAUAUAUACAUAACAAACGGACAUAUAUACAUAACAAUCGAACAUAUAUACAUAACAAUCGAACAUAUAUACAUAACAAUCGAACAUAUAUACAUAACAAACGAACAUAUAUACAUAACAAACGAAGGGAUGUAAUGUAUGAUAAUAAUGUAUAUUUCCAUAUGUAUGAAUUAGCUAGAAAAAAGUUAUAUGAUUAUUCAGAGAAAAGUCAAAGACCAUUUGAUGAAAUAAUAAAUAUGUGUUUAUAUCUCUUAUAUUUAUAUUAUCUAUGUAAUAAUGUACUAUAUAAAUGUGUAAGGAUUAAUAACGUUUUAAAAAGGGACCAAGAUAAAGGUGACAUUUUAUGUGAUAAUAAAAAAAAAAAGUAUGAUAAGGAGAGAAAGAAUAUGAAAUUGUUUUUAAAUAUAAUUAAUUCGGAUGAAUAUAUAAAUGUAAAUAAAAUAUUUCAUGGGAAAUGUAUAUAUGAAUUGCCAUUUUAUGUAAAUAAAGAAAGAAUAAAAAAAAAAAGGAAUAGUGUAAGGGAAUUUAUUAAUAAUAAUGAUAAUAAUCAAGAAAACAAUGCUGAUAAGAAAAAGGAUCAUCAUAUAUAUAAUCAGAAUUAUAACCACAGUAACUAUUUGUGUGAUAUUGGAAAAGUGGAACAAUCAUUACAUGGUAAAGAGGAUAAUAAAAAAGAUGUUAUAAUUACAAACAAUGCAAGUAUUGAUAGCACGAGUUCUAGUAUAAAUAUGAACAAAAGUGUUGUUAGUAGUAUUUAUUCAUAUAAUAGUAAUAAAGAGAAGAAAAAAAAUAUGAAAAAAUGUAUAAAAGGGUUACACCAUACAAUUAAGAACAAAUUAAAUUUAUAUGUUAAAUUAAUGCUUGAUAAAUAUAUCCAAGAGAGUUCUAAUUAUAUAAAAAAUGAAAAUAAGGAUAUAAAGAAAAUUACUGAGAGUAAAAAUAAGGACGACAAAAUAUGUCUCCUGUGUAAUUUUAGUAAUUAUAUAUAUAAAGGAAGACUUAUACCUUUUUAUGAUAUAUAUAUACACAGUGAAUGUUUGAAGUGGAGUUUAAAUUGUACUCAAUGUUGUUAUGAAGAAAUUAAAAAUAAAACAAUUGUUAAUAAUGACAACGGUACCAAGGUGGAUAUCAAUCUUAAUAAUGAAGAUGAUAUUAAUAAUAAUAUAAAUAUAUCAGAUAAUAAUAUGAAAGGUCAAAUAAAAAAUAACGGGGAAAACAACAACAAUAAUAAUAAUAAUAAUAAUAAUUAUUAUAAUAAUAAGAGUAAGAAGAAUACACAAAAAAAAAAAGACCAUGUUAACGAUGUGAAAAUCAAUCAAAACAAUUCAAAUAAUAAAAAUAAUAAGAAAAAAAAAACAAGUAAAGAUAAUGAAGAAUUAAAGAGUGAUAAUACAAAGAAUAAUAAAACAAAAGAUUCAGAUGGAAAUAAUAAUGUUAAAACAAAAUUGGAAAAAAACAAUUCAAUUAAUAAUAAAGAGAGUAAUGAAAUAAGUUGUAAAAUAGACAAUAAUAAUAAUAAUAAUAUAAUAAAUGACAUUUCAACAAAUGAUUCUUAUAUGAAAGAAAAAAAAUGUAAAAAUAAAGAAAAGAAUAGAGGUUCUAAGAAUAAUAAUAUAAAGAAUAUCAAAUUAAUAGAUAUAUGUGAAUGGAAAGAAGAUCGAAAUUUUUAUAAUACAUAUGAAAAUAUGAUAGAAGUUGAUGAAGAUAACGUUAAAGAAAUUAUAUUUGAUUCUAUAAAAUCAACUUGUUUUUUAUGUGGUUAUAAUAAUGCAAGUGUUUAUUGUAGUAAUGAAGAUUGUAAUGUUAAAUUUCAUUUGAAUUGUGCGUUUUAUUCUACUGUUAUUAAGGAUCCUAGUAAUAAUCCUUUUUUUCGUUAUUUAAAAUGUUUUAAUUUAAUUGAAUUUAAUAAGGAUACAAUAUUUUAUAAAAAUAUGUAUCAUUAUCCUAAUGUAAAUAAUGGUGUAUCAUCUUAUGUUUGUACAGAUAACAGAUAUUAUAAAGAAAUGAUCGAAAAGAAUUAUGUUGAUAUUUUUCCUGUUCAUAUUAUAUAUAAAAUUAAAAAAAUAUGGUGUAAUAAAUGUUGGAACAAGAAAAAGAUAUACAAUUUGUUUUAUAUACAAAAAUGUUUUAUGUCUCCAUAUUAUUAUGAUAAUAUAAAAACUGAAGAAAGUAUAUCUAAUAAAAUAACACCUAUGAAAAAUGAUAAGAGUGAUCUAACGAAUGAGGUAAAAGAAGAGAAGAAUGAUGAUAUAUUGUAUGAUCCUAAGGUUCAUAAGGAAUAUUUUACUUUAAGAAAUAUAUUAAUGGAUGAUAAUUUAUUGAACAACAUUACAAGAAAUAAGAAGACCUGUAGUAUGGAAAUACAAGAAAAUAAUGAUAAGAUGAAAGGAGACAAUAAUAUUGAUAAUGAAGAUGUACGAAACGUUUUAUGUGACGAUGAAGAAAAAAUUUCAUAUAAUAGAAAUAAAUUAAAUGAUAUAUUAUUAAAAAUGGAUAUGAAAGAUAUACUUAAAUAUUUUAUAGAUUUUUAUUUUGAAAAUGGAUCAUACUACAUAUUAGAUAAUAUAUUAUAUAGUGUAAAUCACUGUGUAAAAAUAAAGUACAAAAAGAAAUCUUUAUAUAACAUACAAGAUGUAUUAAAUAAAGAAACGAAAAUUGGAACGAUGAUGAGAGAAUUAGAAGGUUUGAUUAGUAAAUAUGUGAAUCGAAGUAAUGAUAAUACUUAUAUGGAUAGAAAAUAUGAUAUGUUACUAUUGAAAAAUAUAAAAAGUGACAUAAAUAAUGAUAAUAAUAAUGAUAAUAAUAAUGAUAAUAAUAAUGAUAAUAAUAAUAAUGAUAAUAGUAAUAAUAAUGAUAAUAAUAAUAAUAAUAGUAAUAAAAAUAAUAAUAAUAGUAGUAGUAAUAAUAAUAAUAAUAAUAAUAAUAUUAGUAGUAAUAAUAAUAACAAUAGUAAUAAUAAUAAUUAUUAUUAUUAUUAUCAUAAUAACGAGGAAGGAGACAAUAAACAAGGUACUUACCAACAUAUAAAUAUACAAAAUAUUAUUAACGAUAAAAGUGUAGAAAAUCUUAUCAAAGGUUAUUUUAUUUUAAAAAAUUUUCUUCAUAUAGGUAAUAACAAUAUAACGUUACAAAAUGAAGAUCUUUUAAUUUUAAAAAAAAGUGAGAAUUCUUUUGUUCAUAAUUUAUAUGAUAAUGAUAAGGUAUAUAAUGUGCAUGUUCCCUAUGUGUAUACGAAAAAAAUGAAUAGUAGUUAUAUAAAUAAAAAAGAGAAUGAUAAGAAAUAUAAUAAAAGUGUUAAUAAGAAUAUUUGUAAGAGUAAGAAUUCCAUUUUAGAUAAUAAUAAUUAUUUUGAUAAAAAUAAAAAUAAAAUAACAAAAAAAUAUACACCUUUUAUUAUUGACAAUAAUGAAUAUACUACUGAUUGUUCCAAUGAAGAAAAUAAUACAAGUGAUGAUGAAGAAAAUGAAAAUAGAAAAAAUGAAAAUGAUGAUGAUAAUAUUCCUGAACAUAUAAAAAUGAAUAAUAUUAUGAAUACUCAACAAAAGAAAGAAAAUGAUUUUAAAAAUAUAAAUUUGUAUUUUCAAUUAACUAAUGUAAUUAAAAAAGUUAGUAUAAAUAAACUAGAAGGGAAUUUUUUUAAUUAUGAGGAAAAGGGAAAUUUAUUAGGUAGUAAUGUUUCGAAAAUAAAAAUGAAUGAAUUGUUAGAAUGUAAUGUUGGAGGUGAAAAAAUUUGUGAUGAUGAUAAUGAUGAUGAUCAAAAAUUUAGUGAUAAUAAAAAUUAUGCUUCAGAAGAUGAAGAAAAAAAAAAGAAAAAAAGAAAAAAUCAAACGAGAUUUUAUAAUUAUCCUAAAAGGAUAAGUACAACAAAUAAUAAUAAAAAUGUGAAUGUUUUAAUAAAUUCAUUAAAUAAUAAUUUAAUAAAUAAGAAGGAAUAUUUUUUAAAUAUUAUUAUGAAUGAGAACAACGAUUUGUAUAUGAAAAAGAUUAAUGAAAGAUAUUUUCCAAAUUAUCAUCAAAAAAAAAGAAAAAAGAAAAGAUUAGAUAAUACAUCUUAUAUAAAUAAUAAUUAUAAUUAUCUUUAUAAUUAUAAUAUUUAUAGUAAUAAUUCCAAAUCAAGAAUUUUAAAAGUUGGUUGUCAUAAUAUUUUAAAUAUUGGUGAUAUAUUAAAAUAUGAUGGUGAUAAAAUAAUUUAUCCAUGUGGUUAUUUGAAUAUGAGAAUAUUUUAUAAUUUGCCAUCUUUUUACUUAUUUCAAAUUUAUAAAAAUGCCAAUAUUGAUGAUAUAAAUAGAAAGACCAAAUUAUUAGAAAAAAUAUUUUUACAACUAAGAGCUACAUAUAUUUUUUCUAUAACAUUAAGAGAACAAAAUUUCUUUUUUUCAAUUAUAUUGUUUCCUCUUAUAAAUAUAGAUUAUUUUUCAGAAUUUGAUGCUAAGAACUUUAUUUUAGCAGAAGGUUAUAAUAUAAAUGAGGUAUAUAUGAAAUUUUUAUCAUUAUUUAAUUCACAAAAUUAUAUUUGUGAUGAUAUGAAUAAUGAUUAUUUUUACUAUAAUGCAAAAUAUGGAAACAUAUACAAAUGUUUGGAAACUUAUAUUUUAAAAUCUGUGGAACAUAAUAAAUUCAUAGAUUCCCAUACCUUUUUUGGAUUAACCUUACCAUGUGUAGUUUAUCAAAUUAAAUAUAAAUUGUUUAAAUAUAUGUAUAAGCAUUUGAGUGAAAAAAUUAAAACUUAUAUGAAAAAAUCGAAGGACAG